AUGUAUUCCCAUCACUCUCAUUCUUUGGACUAUGUGGCUCACGGGGUCGAUCAUCUCGAGUCAGUGGUUGCAAGGGCCAAUCAUAUGCAUUUUGAACUAUUUUGUUUAACCGAGCACAUGCCAAGGAUAAGCGCCCAGCUACUGUAUCCAGAGGAAGCUACGGGGAAUGCGGAAAGUGAUUUGGAAACUCUGCGAAACAGUUUCGAAAAGUUUUUAGUACACGCUGCCCAAAUUAAGAAAAGGAACCUGUCAACAAAGAUCAUCAUAGGAAUGGAAGUAGAGGGGUGUGACCUGAGUCACAUCGCAUAUGCCAAAGACUUGAUGGAGGAGAACAAACGAGUUAUCCAGUUUUGUAUAGGGUCCAUUCACCAUGUAAACGGUAUACCAAUUGAUUUUGAUCGGUCUGGAUGGGAUCGGGCACUUAAAUCUGCUGGUAACAACUUGAGGUCGUUGCUAAGAGAUUACUUCGAACAGCAGUACGAACUCAUCAGGGAGCUAAAACCACUUGUCUUGGGACAUUUCGAUCUGUUCCGUCUCUUCUGUACUGAUGAUCUCUAUAUUGAUGCUGAAACAGGUGAGAAAGUAGAGAAACUAUCGAGCACCUCUGUUCGUGCCUCUGAGGCAUCGUUUCCUGCAUUAUGGGACGACAUAAAGGGCCUUGCGUUGAGAAAUUUAGAAGCAGUUGCGUCUUAUGGCGGACUUAUUGAGAUAAAUACAUCUGGACUCCGUAAAAACUUGCGAGAUCCAUAUCCACAUCGAGAUUUCGCAACACUAGCUCAAUCCGUUGCUGGCACGAGGUUUGUGCUGAGUGAUGAUGCACAUGGUGUUGCACACGUCGGUGUCUGCUAUGAUAAAGCCUUGGCGUAUAUGUCAAACAUCUUGAAUCUCGAACGUCUGCAUUACCUGACAGACGUCGCAGGAGUUUUGGAAGUGCAGUCAAAAAGCCUUGAAAAAAUCAGGCAAUCAUCUUUCUGGGAACAGUACUUGUAG